AUGACACUGGAAUGCAGGCAGCAGAUGAUUUCAUGCCUCCCAUCGAUUCAGUUCCUGUUCAGCCGCAAAGUAAACGCGCACACAUUGAAGAAGUUGAAGACAAAGACACAGCCAUACCAAGGCCACACUACACCUGUUUUAAAAACCAAGUUUGAGAUGUUGUUGGAGCAGCAGACUGCUGAUGGGAAGCAGCCUUGGGAGCCAUUUGCAAGCAAGGAGGAGUGGCAGCUGGCGACGUGGCUGAUGGCCAAUAUGGGACAAACCUCAACUGAUGAAUAUUUGAAGCUGCCAAUCCUUGCUCACCCUCACAUUGAUUAUGUUCGUGAGAGAAGUAACCUCUCUUUCCAUAACAACUAUACGUUCUUGAAGGAAGUUGAUGUGUUGCCCACUGGCCCUAGUUGGAAAUGUGAAAUCUUGAGAGCCAAAGGUGACCUCAUCAGAGAUGAUGGUCAGCCACUUGUCGAGGAGCUGGAGCUGUGGUGGAGAGAUCCAGUGGAGUGCGUAAAGGAGCUUGUGGGAAAUCUGGCCUUCAAGAAAUUCAUGUUGUUCAUUCCCGAACAGGUGUUCUCGGAUAAAGAGGGCAAGGAGAGGGUUCUUGAUGAGAUGUAG